AUGUGGUUUGAGUUCAUUGGGUUCGACAGCAACUCGAAACAGGUCUCGGGGUCUCAGCUGUUGGAGCUUCCCGGCGUCUUAUCGGGUUCCUUGGGUCUGUGGAGCCCGAGUGGUGUCUUCCUGUCUGUGUCUGAUGUUUACUGUCUUUUGGUGGACCUUCGCUUCAACAGAAUCAAAAGCAUUCCGCCAAACACCUUCAGGGACCUCGGUCGUCUACACACGCUACUCCUCAACAACAACCACAUAACGAGGCUUGAAAAUGGAUCGUUCACAGGACUUCGAGAUCUGCGAUAUCUGUACCUUUAUAAGAACCGGAUACGCCUAAUAGAGAGUCGAGUGUUCCAACAUCUUGACAAAUUGGAACAGCUAUACCUGCAUUUCAACGACCUUGCAACCUUCGACGCAGACACGUUCUCCAAUUUGACGAGUCUAGAACGUCUAUACCUUCAUUUCAACAAGAUUGAAAAAAUAGGACCCGAUGUAUUCUCCAAGUUGAAUAGGUUACAAAGGCUGUUCCUGCACAACCGGCUUCAGCGAGUCCCGGAUGGCGCCUUCAGGAACCUCCACUCGCUGCGACGCCUGCGCCUGGACUCGAACGCGCUGGUGUGCGACUGCCAGCUGUUGUGGUUGGCGGAGAUGGUCAAGGAGAAGCAGCACCGGACGCAGGUGGCCGCCACGUGCCAGUUCCCGAGCGACCUCCAGGGGAAGAGCCUCACGUCGCUCGCCGACUCGCACUUCGAGUGCCGAGGUCAGAACACGAGAUACAACGAGGUGAUCACGGCGGACGAUCGCUACAACAUCCUGACCGACGGGACGCUCAUGAUCGAGAACACGCAGGACGGGGACGUCGGCUUCUACGAGUGCAUGGCGUCCAACCCGAUGGGGGAGGUCAAGUCCCGCAAGGCCAAGAUGGUCCACCCGGAGCAGCAGCAGCAACUCCAGCAGUACCUGCAGCACCAGCUUCGACAGCAGCUGCAUCAACAGUUGAGAGAGCGACAGCAGCAGCAGCAGCAACAGCAGCCACGGGAGCGGCAGGUGCAGCAGCCGGAGCAACAGCCGCAGCAGGAACGGCAGCAGCAGGAACGGCAACAGCAGGAACGGCAGCAACAGCCACAGCAGGAACGGCAACAGGAGCGACAACAGCAGCAGCAGCAGCAGGGGCACCACCAUGGACAACAUCCGGGUUCCCAGAGUCAGCAGGCGGAAUCCACGAAUCAGGCAAUAGUCCCCGCCAAACCCCGCUUCGUGAGGCUUCCGUCCGAGGUGAACGUGACCGUCGGGUCUCCGGUGCAGAUGGAGUGCGAGGUCACCGGGCGGCCGCGACCUGACAUCACGUGGAGCCGAGGCGACGACCUAGUGGAGGAAGGGCCCAGGAUCCAGAUCUCGAACCGGGGGGCGCUGACCAUCUCGUCCGCCGUGCCCAGUGAUGCCGCCACGUACCUGUGCACGGCGGCCAACCACUUAGGGCGUGUCACCGCCAGCGCCGCCCUCAGGGUCCUAGUGCCACCGCGCCUGACCGGAGAGCCAGACGACCAGUACGCCAGCCCGGGCAGCAGCGUCCAGUUCACGUGCCAGGCGGCGGGGGUGCCAGUGCCAAUCAUCUCGUGGUCAAGGAAUGGGCUGCCGAUCGCGCCCUCGAGUCGUCACACCAUCUCCGUGGGCGGAGAGUACGUCUGCCGUGCCCAGAACCCAGCUGGGUCCGUGGAGCGUCGCGCGCUGUACGUACGUGAGAAGGUCGCCCCAGUGAUUCGGCAGGAACCGCGUGACGUCGUUGCGAGCGAAGGCCAGGACGCCGUGACGAUGCCCUGCCGAGCCGACGGUCGACCCAAGCCCCUGAUCGCGUGGAGGAAGGACGGGCAGCUCCUCAGGGACGACGGGGAGAAGUACAGGAUAGAGACGGACGGCGCCCUUCUCGUCCACAACGUGACGACCGACGACGCGGGGCUGUACGAGUGCAACGCCCAGAACCACGUCGGCUUCGCUACUGCCAGGGCGCGACUCACGGUGCAAGAGGAGGAGAAGCCGCACCUCGGCGACCCCUUCCUGCAGCAGAGUUUCGACGAGGCGCGCGAGCAGGUCGACCGCGCCGUCAACGAUACCAUCAGCCAGCUGUUCCGGCGUGACCGCAGCCGCGCCCCGCAGCCCCACGAGCUCCUGCGCAUCUUCCGCUUCCCGUCGAACGAAGGGCGUGAGAUAGCUCGGGCGACGGAGAUGAUCGAGCAGACGCUACAGAUCGUCAUGCGCCAUGUGGAGUCCGGGAUGCUCUUCAACCUGACGUCCUUCAGCUACCAGGACCUCCUCUCGCCCGAAAAAGUGGUGCUCCUGACCAACCUCUCGGGCUGCCUGGCUCACCGUCGCAACGUCUACUGCGACGACAUGUGCUUCCAUACCAAGUACCGCUCCGACGACGGCACCUGCAACAACCUGCGCCAUCCGCUGUGGGGCGCCUCGCUCACCGGCUUCAGGAGGGUUCUGAACCCCAUCUACGAGAACGGGUUCAACACGCCUGUGGGCUGGUCCAAAACGAAGCGCUACCACGGGUUCUUCAAGCCGAGCGCCCGCCUGGUGUCGACUCGGGUUAUCAGCACAGAGGACGUCUCCCCCGACCACCACUGCACGCACAUGCUCAUGCAGUGGGGGCAGUUCCUCGACCACGACAUAGACCACGCCCUCCCCUCGGUGUCCUCGGAGAGCUUCCACGACGGGGUCAGCUGCCAGAGAUCAUGUGACUACGCCCCUCCGUGCUUCCCGAUCGAGAUCCCCCCGGACGACCCAAGAAUCCGGCACCACCGCUGUAUGGAGUUCACCCGCUCGUCCGGCAUCUGCGGAUCCGGCAUGACCUCCGUUUUCUAUGACACGGUGCUGCCCAGGGAACAGAUCAACCAGCUCACGUCCUUUAUUGAUGGGUCGCAGGUCUACGGCUCCAGCUCCGCCGAGGUCCGCCUGCUGCGCAACCUGACGCACAACCACGGCCAGCUGCGACACGGCAUCUUCAUGUCCGGGAAGCCGAUGAUGCCCUUCAGCAACGGGGCGCCGGUCGACUGCCGCAGGGACGUCACGGAGAGCGGCAUCGACUGCUUCCUUGCGGGUGACAUCAGGGCUAAUGAGCAGUCUGGCUUGACGGCGAUGCACAACAUUUGGUUCCGCGAGCACAACCGCGUGGCUCGGGCCCUGCGAGAGAUCAACCCGGGCUGGGACGGAGACACCAUCUACUACGAGUCCAGAAAGAUCGUAGGAGCCGAGAUGCAGCACAUCACUUACCAGCACUGGAUGCAGCACAUCUUGGGCCCGCGGGGGAUGGAGAUGCUGGGAGAAUACUCAGGCUACAACUCGAACAUCAAUCCCACGAUUAGUAACGUCUUCGCCACGGCCGCCUACAGGUUCGGACACUCCCUGAUCAACCCGAUCCUGCACCGCCUCAACGCCACCUUCCAGCCCAUCCCCGAAGGGCACCUGCCGCUCCACAAGGCCUUCUUCAGCCCCUGGCGCAUCGUGCAGGAGGGCGGCAUCGACCCCCUUCUCAGAGGACUCUUCGCCACCCCCGCCAAACUCAAGACCCCGGGCCAGUUCCUCAACACGGAGCUCACGGAGAAGCUGUUCCGCGCCGCCCACGAGGUCGCCCUGGACUUGGCAUCCUUGAACAUCCAACGGGGCAGAGAUCACGCCCUGCCCGGGUAUGCUGAGUGGCGCCGCGUCUGCAACCUCACCGUGCCCGAGGACUUCGACGAUCUCAGCGGGGUCAUCAGUUCGCUGUCUAUCAGAGACAAACUCAAGCAGUUGUAUGGUCAUCCAGGCAACGUGGACCUGUGGGUAGGAGGCCUUCUCGAGGACCCUGUGGAAGGCGCCCGCGUUGGACCCACCUUCCUGUGCCUCUUGGUCGACCAGUUCAAAAGACUGCGCGAGGGAGACAGAUUCUGGUACGAGAACCCAGGCGUGUUCAAGCCCGAACAGCUGGCACAGAUCAAGCAGGUGACUCUGGGACGAGUUCUGUGCGACAACGGAGACAACAUCACGGACAUAACCUCGGACGUUUUUGUUCUUCCUCGAGAACAGAAUCCUGCGUUUGUUCCUUGCUCGAAACUGCCCUAUGUUGACUUGAGGAUCUGGUCUGACUGCUGCUCUGACUGCCGGAGUUCAGCUUUUCCAAAUUCCAUCACUCACGUUCCCACAAUUCGGUUCAGAAGGCGAGCGCAGUUUUCCCACAGAGAGGACAGGGAGCACCUCUUUAUGGACUUAGAUAAGGUCACUGAUCACGAAUUAAAAGGAUCAUUCUCUGAGGGGAGUUAUUUCGCGCAGAACGCCACGCAGGGAUCGGGUGAAGGGAGGGCACCGCAACCAAGCCCAAAACUCGAGAGAACGUUAGAGAAAAGCAAGAAGUCGGGACGAAGCCUCGGCAGAAACGACUCCGAGGACGACCUUGGCACCUACGAGGAGGACCUCAACGAGCAGCGAAUCGAGGGCAUCGAGGCCCUGGUGGAGCAGCUCUCGAGGACGGUCCUCGAACUCAGCAAAAAGGUGGCGACCCUGGAGGACAAGUGCGGCAGCGGCGACGGCGGCGGCGGCGGCGGCAGGAGGAAGAGCGUGCGGCAGCGAAGGAAGUGCGUGGACGAGACGGGCAGACACAGGGCGCGAGGGGAGAGCUGGCAGAAGGACCCCUGCGCGAUAUGCUCCUGCCGGAGAGGAAAAGUUCACUGCAGAGUCAAAGAGUGUCCGAGAGUGACCUGUGAUAACCCGCGGGUGGAGGAGGGAGAAUGCUGUCCUGAGUGCGACGACGAAGGAGAAGACAUCGAGAACGCCCGUCCAGCUCCUGAGGCAUAACAGGAUCCUCGGGGGAGUGAAAUACAGAGAGUUAUAAUGCCUAUACGACAACGCGCACCUCAUCUCCCUUCUGCAGAGAUGCCAUAGAAAACGGAAGGCGGUCUGUGCACCUUGCCAAAGACUAUUAGGGGGGGGGGAGAUGGCAUAUUUGGAGGUGUCUAUUGAUAUGAAAAAAAUCAUGGAAGUGUAGUGUUUUUUCUCUCAAAAACAGAAUGUUUGUCAGUUUAAGAAUAUCAAUAGCGGGAAGGACAUGGUUGGUAAGAGUCCAGUGAAUUAAAGAACUGUGAUGGUUACUUUAUGAAAAUCGAAGUUUUGGUAUAUGAAAGGUGAUCGUGUGUGCACGGUCAGGUAGCUAUAUAAUGUACAGUAUUGACAGUCUCAUAUAUUACUUUGAGCUGUGUUAUAGGCCGGAUUUUUAUGGGUAUUUCAGUAUCGCCUGUUCUGUAAUCAGCAUUGUGCCUAAUAACUUAUCCUGGGAUGAAGAGGGAGUUAAGACUAUGUGACAAAGACCAGUUUAUUAAACCUGGUCAUGAGAUUUUCAACCUUACUUGGUUACUUUAUUAACAACGAAAUAAUUAUGAUGCUGAUCGUAGGAAAAAAUCAUAGGGCAAGGUUUUAGAUCAGUGGAGGAUUAUUGUGUUCAGUUGUUCACAGGAUAGUAAUAGAUGUUUUUUUUUCAAGCCUCUUACAACGCAUAGGGCUGUCAGAAUUUUCAGAAAAAAAAUAUUUAUGUAAAAAAAAAAUCCAAGAAAAAAAGGUGUUUAUUUGCUCACAGUUUUUAUUUUUGCCUGCCAUUUUGCGUUAUCACUGCCAUUUUUUUCGUUUUUGUUUUUGUUUUUUUAGUUAUUUGCAAAAAAAGAAUGGCAUCUGCAUUGCUUGCACCAGCAUUACUAGUCAGUAGGAAAUCACGAAUAUUCACUCGUUUUUUUUUAUCUUAAAUCAUCACUCGGAUCUUUAAUUGGAAUGUGUACUAAUAGCCGUUUUUUUUUGGUAGGUUUUAAGUAGUGUCUUCGCCUUGGGGUCUGCUUCUCGAACACUCUUCUCCGAAAUACUAAUCUGGUGCUAUUAGUGGAUCAAGGACUAUCUCUAUUUAUUUCAUGUUACAUACACUCCCACUGCCAAUAGUGUUCUAAGAAGUGUGUAUCGCGGGAAAGAAUAGGUAUCGCGGUAUGAGGAGGAGGAGGGUGAUAUGUAUCGGGAGAAAGAAUAGGUACCGCGGUAUGAGGAGGAGGAGGAAAUGAAUCGGGAGAAAGAAUAGGUACCGCGGUACGAGGAAGAGGAUUAUAUAUGGAUCAGGGGGAAAGAAUAAGUACCGCGGCAUGAGAAUGAGAAUAAUAACAAUAAUUAGUCAUCCUUCGUCCACAAUCAAUCAUGUGUAGUUAAAACAAGAAAAAUAUAGAGGGAUGACUAUCUGAAAAUGGUUGAAAUUUAAGAAUAUACAUCAUCUUUAAGGUGGUUAAAAAAUGUAUAAUCCUGUCUGUUAAAAGGUUUCCAAUAAAGCUUAAAAAAAAAGGAUCCUAUAAUUUUUGAAGAUCAGCUUGCAGAAACAACUCAAAAUUACAAGACUUAUUUUUUGUCUUAGCAAAUUUUCCAAUCGGCUACAUUAUGCACAAGAACCCUAAAGUUUCGCACAAAGAUUUGCCUGUGUGUGGCCAUGUCUGCCAAAUAAAGGUUCCAAUAAUCCAUACGAGUAGAACAUUAUACCGAAAUAAUUGAAAGAAAACCGGACCUCUCAUUCUUCUGAAAGAAAGCUUAGGGUUUGAAAUUGUCAUAGAGAGAGGGACAUGCAACUGCUCUCACACACAAAAGGUAAUAUAGGGAAUAUUUCUGCCUUCACCAAAAGUAAUGAUUAUAUAAUGUGGGAAAACGAUGAUGAACCAGUGUAAAAAAAAAAAAAAAUAAACACGACUUAUUUAA